CUCCUUCAUCCCUCUUAUUACUUGAAGGAAUCUUCUCGACUGUGUCCAUGUGUUGGCAAACAGUUGCAUAGACUCCGGCUUCUGGAAGCCAGUCAGCAGCAUGCAGUGACAUUGCAUCAUUGGGCCCUGGAGCCAGACAUAUCAGCUGCAGAACUCAGAGGAGCCUGCUCACAUCGACAGCAUGAGAGGCACCGGCGUCAGAGAGGGAGCAGCCAAGAUCCUGUUGGCCAAGGCACUUUAUGACAACCAUCCUGAUUGUUCCGAUGAGCUGGCUUUCUCCAAAGGGGACAUCCUAACCAUAGUGGAACAAAAUGUGCCAGAAAGCGAGGGCUGGUGGAAAUGUGUGCUUCACGGGAGGCAAGGCCUGGCUCCUGCCAACCGUCUCCAAAUCCUCCAAGAGACCCCUGCAGACAGACCCUGUCACCCGUUCCUGAGAGACCUGGACACAGAUCUCACCAGCUCAGAGGCGCCUUACCAGGUGCCCAAUUUGUUCCGCCCACCACCCCCGGGGCCUGUGUAUGAGCCAAUGAAGAGCUGGGUAGAGGGGCCCCUGCCAGCUGCUGCCCAAGUCUAUGAAUUGCCUGACUCAUCUUCCAGUGCCAGGAUCAUCUGUGAAAAGACUCUGAGCCUCCCCAAACAGACCCUCUUUGAGCUUCCCAGACCUGCAAGGGCCUUGUUGCCAACUCUCCCUUCCCAGGUAUAUGAUGUGCCCGUCCAGAGGCUCGUCUCCUCCACCCUUAAGAAGCCAGAAAAACAGCAGUUCUAUGACAUACCCACCAGCUCCCAGAAGGCAGCGCUCCACCCCUCUUCCAACCAGGCGAAUGGACAGAGAACUAUGCUGGCACCAACAAUCGCCUUCAGACAAGGCAGCAGCUACAACCCCUUACCCAGCCCUCAGAGAUCAGAAUGGAUCCAUGACACUCCAAUGGUGCUGGGAACGGCCGACGUCAGAAAUGUGUCUCUAACUAGUGUCACCAAAGAAUUGGAGUCCAGCACCAUUCCAGGCUCCUCCGCCAUUGUCAGCCACACUGGAGCUGUGACCCUCCCCCGACAGCUAGGGGACACUGUGCAGAAGAAAGGCAGCCUUCCAGAGGAGCCUUCCUAUGCCUUCCCGAGACCCAGGGGCCCAUUUCCUUCUGACGAAGGCAGCAGCUACCAGGUCCCUUCCAGCUUUCUCAUUCCCAGAGUGGAGCAACAGAACACGAAGCCUAACAUUUACGACACCCCUAAAGCCAUGCAGGGCGUGUCUCACGACAUUCCUAAAACCAUGCAGGGUGUGUCUCACAACACCCCUAAAGCCAUGCAGGGUGUGUCUCGGGCUGGAAAGGAGCUGGAGAGAGGCAGAGAGGCUCCAGAGAAUGUCCCCUGGAUGUCCAGGCAGACCAAUUCCCCGUCUCCUGAUCCAGACCGACUAUCUGUUGCCAGCUCAGACAGCAGAGCGAGUGUGGUGUCUUCAUGCUCCUCCAUAUCCACGGACUCCUCCUUGGGCUCCUCCUCAGAGGACUCAGCCAAGGAGCUAUGGAUGGACAUAGACUUUGCCAGAGACACAGCAAUGGCCCUGCAGCACAAAGUGGCUAGCUCAGCGGCUGGCCUGCUGCUCUUCGUUAGCAGGACUUGGAGGUUCAGAGACUCCCUAGAGGCCAACAUCGAGACAAUCCGAAGGGCCGCUGACCACGUCGAAGAAUCCUUAAGAGAGUUUCUGGAUUUUGCCCAAGGGAUUGGUGGGAUGGCCUGCAAUAUCACGGACAGCCACCUGCAGGCCAGGAUUAGAGACCAGCUCCAGACUAUCUCCAGCUCCUACCAGGCUCUGCUAGAUGCCAAGGGAAGCCUGGACUGCUGCAACUGGUCCCUCGACGUUCUUGUGUCGGACAAAGCCCAAAACAGCUUGGAUGACCUGGAGAGGUUUGUCAUGGUGGCACGGAUUGUUCCAGAAGACGUCAAGAGAUUCACCUCCAUUGUCAUUGCCAACGGGAGGCUCCUUUUUAAACAGAACUGUGAGAGAGGAGAGGUGGAGUCCAAGUGUGAAAAAUGCAUCCAGCCUCCCCAAAGAGAAACUGAGUCCUGCCAAAAGAGCAGUCCGUUCAACCAACAAGUGGCAACCGAACACUCCCUUGAACUAGCAAAGAAAACUGGAGUGAAUGUCUGCGGACAGGGUUCUGUUUCUCUUACCUCUCCACCUCCCAGGCGGCAGAGCACAGAGCGGAAGGUCCAUCUGUCGGAGCACUGCAGGCUCUAUUUCGGAGCACUCUUCAAAGCCAUCGGUGUCUUUGCCAGCAGCCUCAGCAACAGCCAGCCCCCUGAGGUCUUCAUCACUCAGAGCAAGCUGGUCAUCACAGUCGGGCAGAAGCUGGUGGACACGCUGUGCAAUGAGACCCAGGAGAAAGAUGACCGCAACGAGAUCCUGCGUGGCAGCAGUCACCUGUGCGAACUGCUCAAGGACCUGGCGCUGGCCACCAAGAACGCAGUCAUCAAGUACCCUAGCCCCACUGCCCUGGGCCACCUCCAGGCAGAGGUGGAGAAACUAAAGCACCAGUCUCAGAAAUUCAGAGACACACUGGGCUGAAAGCCUUCCUAUCGUCUCCUACAGAGGUCAACUCCUGACUAGCUUCACACCCACACCUGGUGCCACUCUGUCCUGUGGAAAAGCCACAGGUCUCACAGCUGGUAUUAGUAAGUGGCUAAGCCUCGAAAGGACACUGGCUGACCACAAGGAGGUCAAGAGAGGCAGGUGACAAGUCAGGACCUUGAGAUGUUGAACUCACUCACUGUGCCAGGUGUACAGCAUCAAAGUGGAAGACGCAUUGUAGAAGCCAUGUUUCGU